AUGCUUUUCAGCGAGGUGUCGGUUAUUAGAACUUGGCAAGCAGCUGGACUGUCAUUUGUCUUGGGUUCCGCAACUUGUCAUCAAGGUAGUGCGGCAGAUAGAGUGUUUGCUUUGUGUCGGAAUGAGGAUUACGCUACUAUAGGUAGAGUGGCUACGCUGCUUUGGAGUAUAUGGCAUAACCGGAAUGAUAAAAUUUGGAAUGAUAAUGUUAGCAGUCCAAACCAAGUUGGUCGGGCUGCGUUUGAUCAUUGGAAUGAGUGGUUUGCAGUCCAUAAGUUGCGAAGCAACGAUGAUCAUGAUGUUCCGGUUGUAAGCACAAAUCGAUGGGAAAAGCCUCGUAUAGGAUGGUUAAAGUGCAAUGUAGAUGCAACAUUUUUUGUCGGCGCAGGAAGGACCACGAUGGGUGCUUGUUUUCGUAAUAAUUUCGGCGAGUUUACGGCUGAAAUGACGCAGUGGCAUAUUGCAAGCCAUGAAUGA